GGCAACAUUACCGCGUUCGAUUAUGGUAGUUUUGAGGCGGUGUAAGACCUGGCAACACUGCCAUUGUGACGUCACAUGAAAUAGGCUGACGACAUCUUUUUAGACUUCGUAAUAAAAUGAUUUUCAGUGGUUUUUCGUAGUGUUUGUACGAUUUGUAGUGUUUUUGAACAAUUAUAAACUAAAAAUUAACUAAGUGUUGUGUAAAAAUUUCACUCGGUGCGAUGGGCCACCAAUAAUUUUAGUGACAACGAGUGAUGAAGGAAAAAGAAAAUGGCUACCUUUGAACGCAUAUUGUUAGCCAGGAAACAUUUAAUUAUAAAUGAUAGAUACAACGUUAUUCGCAAAAUCGGCGGCGGCAGCUUUGGAGAUAUCUUUCUAGGAAUAAAUGUGAACGAUGGAGAGGAGGUAGCAGUGAAGGUUGAAUCUAUAAAAGCGCGGCACCCGCAGCUUCUCUAUGAGAGCAGAGUGUAUAAGAUGCUCCAAGGGGGCAUCGGCAUACCACACAUAAGAUGGUACGGCUACGAGAAGGACCACAACAUCUUGGUGAUGGACCUCCUCGGUCCAUCACUCGAGGACCUUUUCAACUUCUGCUCCCGCCAGUUCACCAUCAAGACUGUUCUCAUGCUGGCAGAUCAAAUGCUGGGCCGCGUGGAGUUCAUCCACUGCAAAUGCUUCAUCCACCGUGAUAUCAAACCGGACAACUUCCUGAUGGGCAUCGGCCGCCAUUGCAACAAGCUCUACAUGAUCGACUUUGGGCUCGCCAAGAAGUUCCGAGACCUGCGCACACGCACGCACAUCUCAUACCGCGAGGAUAAGAACCUUACCGGUACGGCUCGGUACGCCUCGAUAAACGCCCACCUCGGCAUCGAGCAGUCACGGCGGGACGACAUGGAAUCGCUUGGAUACGUACUUAUGUAUUUCAACAGUUUGUUUUCCUUGCAGGGAUUCCCGGCUGAGUUUGCGAUGUAUUUAAAUUACUGCCGCGGACUGACCUUUGACGAGGCUCCCGAUUACAUGUAUCUUAGACAGCUGUUCCGCAUCCUGUUCCGCACGAUGAACUACCAGUACGACUACACGUUCGACUGGACCAUCCUGCGGCAGCGCAAGCAGCACAUGGAGGCCGGCGCCGCGCCCGCCGACCGACGCUCGCCCUCCGUGCAGCGCCGCGCCGCCCAGCAACCCAGCCAGCCGCCGCCCAACAACGAGGUGAAAUCUGUCCAUGUAACAAAUGAUUCAGCCGCUAACAAACAGCCGGUGAAAGGCCAUCAGUCCGUCAGUCAACUGAAGAAGAAGCUCACUGCAAUAUCAUAAACAUUACUGAACCUUUACCUUCCUAAACAUCUUUAUAUGUUACCUGAAUAUGCACCAUGCGGAUUUAUAGUACUUUCUUUCUGUAAAGUAGUACCAACUAACUCGAAAAUAGUACUCCCAAUUUGUCAUAGGCAUUUUGAAAGCUUACUUUAUGUUCCACGAGUAUAUUCCUGUGUCGUAUGCCAAAGUAUUGAUUCAAAUGUAGCUUUGUGCAGCAUGCCAUUUAAAUUUAAAAUAGUCUGGUGUUUGUAAACAUGUUAUAAAGCUGCUUGUCGGUUGUUUACUACAGAUAAGCUAAAGCUACUUGCUACGUGACGAAACGCAUGACUCAGCUAGUCACGUACGCAGAUAUUUAUUAGAAUAAUUUACAAGUAUACUCGUCAAUAUAAUUAUGUGAUACAAAAUCAAAUAAUGGAAAAUAUUCUACGAAAAUUAGAGUUCAUUACUCUAGAAUUGUUUUGAUUGGCAAAUUAAAUUGAGCAGGUUGGUGCAUAUUCAUGAAACGUCACAUAAAAUUGUUAGUAGACGCGCUAAUUAGUUAUUUACUAAAUAAAUGUUUGACAAUCAAACCUUUAUUUUAUGAGAGUGGCAAUA